AUGGCAGAUCCACCGGGAACUCCACAUCCUGACGCCAGUAGCUCUGCUCACGCUGGACUUCUUCUCGAUGUUAAGCUGGAGAAGAACGCUGCAGUUAACCUAUAUAAUCCAUUUCUGAUGGCAGAUAAUGUUUUUUAUGGCAAACUAUCUCCAGGAAUUACACAGCAGCAAGCUGACUCUCCAGAAGACAACUCAGUCGAAGGGGAGACAGGCGGAGUGGAUAUAAAGUCAGAAGGACUUGAUCCAUAUCCACCGCUCAUACGACCCCGCUACAUGCAUCGAGAUUCUAGCAUUGAAAACCUUGAAAAUGGGGUGGCGGAAGGGCUUCAAUUUCUGGGUCCAUUGAAAUCCCUACUUCGGAAAUACUCCCGCCAACCAUCAGAAAAUAGAUGGCUGAAGCAGAUCGAGGAGCUUGAAAAGAGAGCUGUGUCCGCUCGAGUCAUUAUCGGUGUUGUCGGAACUACAGGGGCAGGUAAAUCGUCGUUAAUCAACGCAAUUUUGGAUGAGGAGCGUUUGGUCCCGACAAAUAGUAUGCGUGCCUGUAUAGCCGUCGUGACUGAGAUAUCUUUCAACCAUUCACCAAACCGUUACAGAGCGGAGAUCGAGUUUAUUUCCUUGGCAGAGUGGGAAGAGGAAUUAAAUUUAAUUUUCGGCGAUAUUGAACUCGGGAAUCAACAAACCGGAGAUAAUUCCGAUUCUGCAAUUGCCUGUGCGAAAGCGACUGCCGUAUACCCUGACAUCCCGGACAUUCUUAAGUCGUCGAUCAAAGAGCUUUUGGUCCACGAAAAUGUGUCAAAUCUUCUAGGGAAAACGGUUGAAUUCGCCGAGGAUGAUCCGAUUUUAUUCUACACCAAACUUCAAAAGUAUGUGGACAGCAAAACCCAAACCCGACGCAAAGGUAUGAACGGGAAAAGCAAAGCCAAUGACCGACGCGUAGUUCGCUUGUACGUCAAGGCCCCUGUUCUUGCGACCGGAGCUGUUAUUGUGGAUUUGCCUGGUACGCAGGACGCUAAUGCAGCAAGAGCUGCAGUUGCGUCACGAUACAUCGAACGCUGCUCAUCUCUUUGGAUCGUGGCUCCCAUAACUCGAGCAGUAGAUGAUAAAACGGCCAAGACCCUUCUCUCAAUGAAUUUCCAAAGACAGAUCCCAAAUGGACGGCGCUCUUGGCGCAUCGAUGAGCCGUUUUCGACUCCGGAUAUUCCUGAAAUCUCCAUUACACGCCUAGAAGAGCAACUCAGAGCCCUGAAAGAGGAGCGCACGGAACUUGUUAUAUCAAUCGAUGAGCUUUGCGAAGAAAUGGCUACUCUGGGAUGCGAUUUCGAUUUACUGAAGAGCACUGAUGGUUCUCCGAAAAGAAGUAGGGAGUUCGGAAGAUAUCGAGAAAACCACAAUAAUGAAUAUGGCCCAGACUACAGCAACACGGAAAUAAAUGUCAGACAGACGGAAGAUUCGGUAGAAAAGAGGUGGUGUGAUGUGUCAAAUAAACGAAAGCGCCUAUCUCAUCGAAAAAAACAAAUCGACUCUGAGAUAGAACGAAUGACCGAGGCAUUGAAUAUUGCUCGGGAAAACGAGCAAAGGAAACAAGAUAUACUCGGUCUGAGGUGUAUUCUGGAAAGAAACGAUACUGUGAAGGCCCAAAUUCGACAAAAAUUUGUCGAUGGGGUUCGGCAAUUGGACGAGGUAGAUGCGGAAGAGGAGAGUUUUGAUCCUAGUGUUGACCUCAGGGAUUAUGAUCAGGUUGCUAGAGCUCUUCCAGUCUUUUGUGUGUCCUCCAAAGCGUAUCAAAAGUUGAAGGGUAGACUUCGUCGUGACCAUGCCGUUAAGGCACUCUGCAACCCCGAAGACACUGAGAUACUAGAUCUCCAAGCUCAUUGUCUGAGCUUGACGAUCGCCCAACGCACAUCUGGCUGCGAGUCAUUCCUCAAUGGGCUACAGCAGCUCAUGAACUCCUUGGAUUUGCUAAGUUCCGCUAGGGGUCCUUCAGAUUCCCUAUGCGAGGAGCGCCAAAGAAAUGACCGUCUUUUCUUGCAAAAUGGACUGGAUAUCCUCCAACAAGGCCUAGAGAAUUUAACUGGAGAAGUUUUGGCAGAAAUUACUAGUGCCGUCGAGGAUAACAUUUUUGAUAAAUUUGGUGCGUCUCCCCGGCUCCCGCCUUUUAGAAAUGCUAUUCCAGCUUGCAACGAAGCUGGCAAAGCCCUUGCGCAAUGGAACCGCUCACGCAAGGUCUCUCCAGAGGGUCUUGCUUGGAAUACUUAUAAAGCGAUUUGCAGACGCCAAGGGGUUUACAAACACCAUGACUGGAAUAGCACCUUGAUCCGACCUAUGAUGCCAGUUCUUGCGGUUGGUUGGGAACGUUCCUUCUCACGCCUAAUCCCCAAAAUUUUAACCCGAUAUUCCAAAACAACAUAUGGCUAUGUGAAAGCCUUGUAUGCGAGCCUCGAACCUCGUAUCUCCGCUGGGGCAGUGGGUUCGAAAAUAGCAGAGAAGCUGAAGGUUCAACUCCCAACCUAUCGGGCUUCAUUCAAGGAGCUAUCCGCCGCGAGUAGCAAAAUUUUAUGCGAAAGCCACAAGGCCGCAAACCGUGCUUUCGUUCCGAUAAUUGCUGCUGAGUUGGGAGAAGCCUAUGAAGGCUGUGGAUCUGCAAUGGGGCGAGGGGUUUACCUACGCAUGAAAGAUAUCAUGACUCAACAUGUGGAAAAACGCAGACACGAAAUGUUUCACAAAAGCACAGAACACGUCAAGUCCGAACUCGAAGGCAGUAUCCAGUCCGUUAGGGAUUAUUUGGCCAUGGAAACCGAAAAACUCUUCCAGAAGAUUAGCUGGGACUACAAAAAUGCAUUUGAGAAAUCGCAGACUGCUGAGGAGAAGACGCUGAACAAAGAACUCAGGAAGCUUCUCCAAAUGUGA